GCCCAAGAUGGCCUGGGUGGAGGAGGAGGAAGAAGGCCCUGGAGCAGCCCCAGCACAGGAGACUGAAGAGGUGGUGCCCUUCCAUCCACCACAGGGGGAUGAAGCUGUGGAGCGCACACAUGAGCAGGAAUCCAGCCGUGGCCGCUUCCAUCGAACAGCGCAGCUCGUCUGCGGCUUCAUCCGGAGCAUUCGGCAGGAAGAGACCCGCACCAUGGGCACUGGGCUCACAGCUCACUCCGAGCUCCUCAAGCAUGAGACCAGUGCCGCCCUGCUGGAUUUGCUCCUGGAGAAGGGUGUUGCCAGGCCAGAACAAGUGCCUGCCAUGGUGAGGUACAUUCACCGAUGGCUCCUGGCCAAUGAUUCUGCCCAGCACAGGCUGGACAAGGCCCUGCUGAAACUCACCAAAGCACAGCCGGCUGACGCAGUCGUGACGCUCCUGCGUGUGGCCCCGUCCUGUGACAGAGCUGCCACCUCCAUGUGGAAGACCAUCAUGUGCUCGUCCAGGACCGCGGAGCCAGUGCAGCUGAUCCUCCUGGAUGUGCUGGGGAGCUGGCCAGAGUACAGCACGUGCACCUCGGAUGGGGACAAAACGGCUGUCUUUGCCCUGGCUGCGACCGUGGUGAUGUGGAAGAUCCUCCAAGAGUCCUCUGUCCCACGUGUAGUGAGGCCAUAUUUCCCCCGCCUUUUUGUUCAUCUGCUCUUCCAAGUGUUCUCCAGCACAGAAGAGAUGCCAGAGGAGGUCCAAACCUUCUGGAAGGAUUGCCUGGAAGAGCACGGUCUUGUCAUCAGCCCCAACAGGUUUGCAGUGCAGACCCUGAAGUCCCUGCUCUGCCAAAAGCAGUACAAGGAUGUGGUGUUGUCAGUGGAAGGCAAGCGUGGCUGGGACACGCUGCUCUGUGCUGACACCCGCCACUAUGCCAUGGGUCUGCUGGCCAGACACCUGGGACGGUGCCCGCACCCUGUGCUGCUGCUGCUGCUGCGUCCUGGGCCCAGCCCUGUGCGGCUGCGGGCUCCUGCCGGCCGGCUCCCCCAUCACUGGCCUGUGCCUUUCAGGUCCUCGUGUGCCUGGAUUCUAGUGAAUGUGGCGACAGUGUUGUGA